CCGGUUCCAGCUGCGCCCCACGGACCAGAAGAUGGAAGUCCCCAGGCUGCUGGCUGCUCGCGGGACUCGCCAGGUCAGCGGCGCCGGCAGACCCUCGGGCGGUGGCCAGGUCCCCCGGGGCCCCGACCCGCGAGCCGGCCAGGCCCCCGCGCACCACCUCCUGCUGCUCGGGCCCCCCCAAGAUGGCGGUCCGAGGCGGCGGCGCGAGGAGGCCCGAGCUGCUUCCCCCGGCGCUGGCCCCUGCCACUUGGUUCCGGGGAGGCCCGACCACGCCGGCUGCGGCGAAGGCGACGACUUCUUCCUGGUGCUGCUGGACCCGGUGGGUGGCGACAUGGAGACGGUGGGCGCUGGCCAGGCCGCGGGGCCUGUGUGGAGGCAGGAGACCGAGCCGGGCCCACGGCCUCAGGGGGGAGAUAGCGGAGCGACGCUCGCGGUCCGCCCUGCACUGGGACCCUGCCGCUUGUCCGCGGCGCCAGCGCGGGCUCUAGCCCCGGCCCCGGCCCCCGCCCCGGCUCCGGCCCCGGCUCCGGCUCCGGCUCCUGUUCAGACCGCGACCAUGGCGGCAGCUGCCAUCCCCGCCCCAAGCCUGGGCCUCGCCGCGGCCUUCGCGGGCACUGUCACCAUCCACAACCAGGACUUGCUGCUGCACUUUGAGAAUGGUGUCCUCACUCUGGCCACGCCCCCGCCGCCUGCCUGGGGGCCCGGGGUCACCCCAGCCCCGCAGCGUGGGGGUCUCGUAGCCCCGCAGGUGCAAGUGGGGGAGCUACAGGCCCCGCAGCCAGGCGACUGCCCUGAGCUACCGCCGGACCUCUUGCUAGCUGAGCCAGCCGAACUAGCGCCUGUGCAGGCGCAGGAGCAGGAGGGCGAGGGCCCGCAAGCCGACAGCCCCGGUGGGCCUCUGGGCCCGGGCCCUGGCGUGGUGCUAUACCUGUGCCCCGAGGCGCAGUGUGGACAGACCUUCACCAAGAAGCACCAGCUGAAGGUACACCUGCUGACACACAGCAGCAGCCAGGGCCAGCGGCCCUUCAAGUGCCCCCUGAGUGGCUGCGGCUGGACCUUCACCACCUCCUACAAGCUCAAGAGGCAUCUGCAGUCGCACGACAAACUGCGCCCCUUCGGAUGCCCCACACAGGGCUGCGGCAAGAGCUUCACCACGAUCUAUAACCUCAAGGCGCACAUGAAGGGCCACGAGCAGGAGAACAACUUCAAAUGCGAUGUGUGUGAGGAGAGUUUCCCCACACAGGCCAAGCUCAGUGCCCAUCAGCGCAGCCACUUUGAACCCGAGAGGCCCUACCAGUGUGCCUUUUCUGGUUGCAAGAAGACCUUUAUCACAGUGAGUGCCCUGUUUUCCCAUAACCGUGCCCACUUCAGGGAGCAGGAACUCUUUUCCUGUUCGUUUCCCGGCUGCAGCAAGCAGUAUGACAAGGCUUGUCGGCUGAAAAUACACCUGAGGAGCCACACAGGUGAGAGGCCUUUCCUUUGUGACUUUGAUGGCUGUGGCUGGAACUUCACCAGCAUGUCUAAGCUCCUAAGGCACAAGAGGAAGCACGACGAUGACCGGAGGUUCAUGUGUCCCGUGGAAGGCUGCGGUAAAUCUUUCACGAGGGCCGAGCACCUGAAAGGCCAUAGCAUAACCCACCUGGGCACAAAGCCUUUCGUGUGUCCCGUGGAAGGCUGCUGUGCCAGGUUCUCUGCUCGAAGUAGUCUCUACAUUCACUCCAAGAAACACUUGCAGGACGUGGACACCUGGAAAAGCCGUUGCCCAGUAUCCACCUGUAACAAACUCUUCACAUCCAAGCACAGCAUGAAGACCCACAUGGCCAAAAGGCACAACCUCGGCCAGGAUCUCUUAGCACAGCUGGAAGCUGCAAAUUCUCUUACUCCUAGUAGUGAACUUACCAGCCAGGGACAUAGUGACCUGAGUGACGCAGAGCUAGUGUCUCUUUUCUCUGACGUGUCUGGCAGUGCUUCUGCUGCAGUGCUAGACACGGCUCUGGUGAACUCUGGAAUCUUGACUAUUGAUGUAGCCUCCGUGAGCUCGACUCUGGCAGGGAACCUGCCUGAUGAUGAUGACGAUGACGACGACGACGACGACGAUGCUGAUGCUGAUGCUGAUGCUGAUGCUGAUGACAAUGGUAAUAAAAAUGGCUUACAGCAGACUGCGAACCCUCGGGCCUUGAUGGCCACCAGUGACCUUCCUCAGAGUCUGGAUACCUCCCUGUUUUUUGGGACAACAGCCACGGGUUUUCAGCAGAGCCCCUUGGAGGUGGAUGAUGUUUCAAGUCUAAGUGCAGGGUCUUUGGGAACUCUGGGCUCUUUGACUAUGAAAAACUCCAGUCAGGAACCCCAGGCCCUGACCCCUAGCAGUAAGCUGACAGUGGACACAGAUGCUCUGACUCCUUCAAGCACCCUUUGUGAAAACAGUGUCUCAGAACUACUGAUGCCAACCAAAACAGAAUGGAAUUUACAUCCUGACUCUGCCUUCUUUGGACAGGAGGAAGAAACCCACUUUGUGUUCUCCAACCCAGCAGGAAACCAUGGUUCUCAGAAAGAAACAGAUCUUAUCACAGUGACUGGAAGCUCCUUUUUGGUAUGAACUAGUCAUUCCUCACCACUUGUAUUAAUUAGCUUCAAUUUUAUGGAUACCGUGGACUGAGUGUUUCAAUGCAGUCAUUUUCUCAGUUUCAAAAAGAUCAGAGCCCUGGGAAACAAGUUUUGAGAUGUAAAGUCUGAUCUCGGGUAUACAUUCUGAGUCUGGAACUUGUGAGUCGUGUCUGGAACUUGUAAGGUGACCCUGAGCAAGUCACAUAAAUCUGAGCCUUAAUUUCCUUAUUUAUAAAACGAGGUGUCUUCGAAUAGACUGCUUCUAAUCUAUAAUGUACCUAUUGGUUGUGUCUUUCCAGCUCUGUAUUUUCAUGACUUUGUGCUCUUUCUUGAAAAACUUAGGAAUUUUACAGUGAUUAACUAUUGCAUGUGCUUCUAAUGUAAUGAAAAGUACAUUGAACAGUAAUGAUGAGACAUCGUCAACUGGUAUUUAAAAUAUGGAAUUUUUAACA